GGUAGAUUUAGGGUUUGUCUGUCUCUAGUUUUCGAGAUCGAGAGAGAUUUGUCAUGAAUAACAGAGGAAGAUAUCCCCCGGGUGUUGGUACCGGACGUGGUGCGCCGCCGAAUCCAGAUUAUCAAUCUUAUCGUCAGCAACAACCUCAAGAUCAGCAGUAUGUUCAACGCGGUUAUUCGCAGAACCCUCAGCAGAUGCAACAGCAGCAACAGCAUCAACAACAGCAACAACAACAGUGGUCAAGACGCUCUCAGCUUCCUGGAAACGCUAGUAACGCUAACGAGGUUCAAAAGACGUCUCAGCCCGAAGCAAGCAGCGAUGCUAAUGGUCAAGACUGGAAGGCAACGUUAAAGCUCCCACCUCCUGAUACUCGUUAUCAGACAGCGGAUGUGACAGCUACGAAAGGAAAUGAAUUCGAAGAUUACUUUCUGAAAAGAGAUCUGUUAAAGGGAAUAUAUGAGAAGGGUUUUGAGAAGCCAUCUCCAAUUCAAGAAGAGAGCAUUCCAAUUGCUUUAACUGGUAGUGAUAUUCUUGCUAGAGCCAAAAAUGGUACAGGAAAGACUGGUGCCUUCUGCAUUCCAGUCCUCGAGAAAAUUGAUCCAUCUAACAACGUUAUUCAAGCCAUGAUUCUAGUUCCAACGCGAGAGCUGGCCCUUCAGACAUCACAAGUUUGCAAGGAGCUUUCCAAAUAUCUGAAUAUCCAGGUUAUGGUCACCACUGGCGGUACCAGUCUGAGAGAUGAUAUUAUGAGAUUACAUCAGCCUGUGCAUCUACUGGUUGGAACUCCUGGAAGAAUAUUGGAUCUUACAAAAAAGGGUGUCUGUGUCUUGAAAGACUGUGCGAUGCUUGUAAUGGAUGAGGCCGACAAGCUUUUAUCUGCGGAAUUCCAACCUUCUCUUGAGGAAUUGAUACAGUUUCUGCCCCAAAAUCGUCAAUUUUUGAUGUUUUCUGCUACAUUCCCUGUCACUGUGAAGGCUUUUAAGGAUCGACAUCUCCGGAAGCCCUAUGUUAUCAAUCUCAUGGAUCAACUCACGCUUAUGGGUGUCACGCAAUAUUAUGCUUUUGUUGAAGAAAGACAGAAGGUUCACUGCCUCAACACACUUUUCUCUAAGCUGCAAAUAAAUCAAUCGAUAAUCUUUUGCAACUCUGUCAAUCGCGUGGAGCUGUUGGCUAAGAAAAUCACAGAACUUGGUUAUUCAUGCUUCUACAUCCAUGCGAAGAUGGUUCAAGACCAUAGGAACAGAGUAUUCCACGAGUUCCGCAAUGGUGCCUGCAGGAAUCUCGUUUGCACGGAUCUGUUUACUCGAGGAAUUGACAUUCAAGCUGUGAAUGUAGUGAUCAACUUCGAUUUUCCAAGGACUUCUGAGUCAUAUCUACACAGGGUGGGCCGAUCAGGACGGUUUGGACACCUUGGUUUGGCUGUGAAUUUGGUAACAUACGAGGACCGUUUCAAAAUGUAUCAGACUGAACAAGAACUUGGGACUGAAAUCAAACCAAUUCCUUCUAAUAUCGAUCAAGCAAUCUACUGUCAGUAAACUUGUAACCGUGCAUGAAACGUGUCUCCACCCGAGGAGAGAUACAGGAUGAUUAAAAUGGUGUUUCUCAAGCUCGAUGGGAGGAGAUGAGGCAACUUGGCGGUUCAUGUAAAGACUCGUUACUGAGUGGUUUGGUUUCUAAUCUAUCUUUAAGACUUUUGUUUUCUGGUUCUAUGAAACUUUUUUUACGUUGCACUUAUUAUGAGACUCUCUUUUGACUUGGUUAGUAAUAAAGAUGGACCCGUAUGACUCUCCUCUUUUUUAUUUUCGUGUUGGGCUUUGUUUGGAAUUAUAAAGCCCAUUUAGGAUC